AUGUAUUGUGUCGGCGAACAACGCGAUUAUCUCCACAAGAAUUUAACUGAAAAUAGUGUUUCACAUUCAUUUCUUUCUUGCAUCAAAGACUGGGAAAAAACAUCAAUUAGAAAGAUUCAAGAAGUAGCAGAAAAACCUAAAAGUGAUCUAGCUUUAUAUAUGAAUGAAACAAAAUCUCAAAUAAAACAAUCACUUAACAAUAUAAAGAAUGAAUUAGAAUUAAGUCGAAAAUUAGACAAUUAUACCGGAAUAGAAUGGACAGAAUGGAUGGAACAAUUAGAAGAACUUCGACAGAUGUUUGAAAAAUCAUCGACUAUUGACAUUGUUGAAGAUAAUCCAUCACAGCCAUUUAUCCGUGUCAUUCGACGAAAAAAUUUCGAAACAAAAAAGAAAUCUAAAACAGCCAUUACUUCAGCUUUAUUGAAAACUGACUACAAUAUUGGUGAUACAAGUUACACAACUCGAGAAUUACUAACAAGACUGAACACAAUGACGAAAUCUAAUAAAAAACCAGUAAAUCAACAAUUCGCCGCACCAGGUGUUCACAAGCAACUGCUUUAA